CCCGAGUACAGGGUAUAACGCCAGCGGCUUCCUCCUUCCGUUAUGAUCUGACGACAGCAAUGCCCUCGGUGACAGCAGGGUGCAGGCCUGGAAGGCUGAAAACAGCCACAAAAUUCAGCGCCCCCGAAGAGUCGUUAUUAAUUAGUGCAGCUACCGAUAGUUUCCCCACUUGCAGACUUCGACACUUCGUCUUCGCGGGCACCUCAAGUGCACACAUGUCCAGGUAGCAUGGGACUUAGCAGUGGCUGGCUCCCACGUCCGCCAGUUGCGCCUCUUGUACUGAUAGCUGUCUGGGCAUUUGCUGUAGCGCAUGUUGGCGCACAGCAACCACCAAAAAAUGCCGGUCCCGAUCCAGUCGAGAACUUUUGCAUGAGAUGGUGGUCACAAUCUGUCGUAAAGAACAACACCUUGUACAUCGACAGUGGUGUUCAGAGAUUCAAUGACUCGGGCGAUGUCUAUCUCGGAAUCAACAACUACCUCUUGACCAUUGAUAUGACCAGAACAUGGGAUUGGCAGGUACCAAGUAAUGAAUCUGGAGGUCUGACCAUAGAUGUCGAGCGCAAGAACGUGACAAGCCCGUCUACGGGCACAGCCGUACCCAAUCUCAUACGAGGACAUCUUUUCCAUGGGCCUUACAACAAGAGCGAUACGAUCUACAACUUUGGUGGAGCGACGUACAUGAACAAUCAGUCCUUCGAAGGCUACAGGCAACCAGACAGCUCGCAGUAUCCUCUCUGGACGUACGACCGCACACUGGACAGUCCGUGGGAUAAGCACACUAUCCAACAGGUCUGGCAACCAAACCACGGCGCCGCAGCCGAGGAUACUGGAAGAGGAUUUGGCUUCUAUCUAGGCGGGCAAAUCGAUAUGGGAACGUCCACUCUAACUUUGGGACAACCAUUCAGAGAUCCUACUCAAAACCUAUAUAUGCCACUUGACGGCAUGCUGGUCAUCAACCUGGUCGAUCUCGACGUCCGUGCAGAUAACAUAUCAACUUCUAGCAUGAAAAGAAACUCCCCAAGAGUAGGAGGAGCACUGGAAUAUAUUGAUGCUGUGGGCGAUAGUGGCAUAUUGGUAGCCCUAGGGGGUCAGAUCCAGCCUGGACUCAAGUUUGGCGAAAUUGCGAAUAGAACGAAGGGAGAGCUUAUCGACUUCAACACCGUAGAUGUGUUCGAUCUAGACUCUUACUUCAGCGAUACAUCGAGUAACGGCACGUGGUACGAACAAGCCACCACCGGAGACAUCCCGGCCCCGCGAAUCGACUUCUGCACUGUCUAUGUUUCCGCGCCAGACAACUCAAGCCACCACAUCUAUCUCUACAGCGGAUUCGACCCCAUCAACAACAAAGCCUACGAUGACGUCGCCGUUCUCUCGAUCCCAUCGUUCACGUGGACAACGCUCUUCGACAAUGGCGGUGCUCCCCGAAUAGGGCACAACUGCCACCGCGUCGGGAAGCGCCAGAUGGUCACAGUGGGAGGGAAUGUCACAACGCUACCAUGUGACUGGGAACUUAAGGGCGUCGCUUUUCUCGAAUUAUCGACCGUCAAGUGGGGCAGCGUAUUUUACAGCAACAUCACAGAUACGGAGUACGACGUCCCGAACCAGCUGCUCAGCGUAACAGGUGGCAAGGCUAGCGGGGGAGCGACCGCCAGUGAGCCGAAGCAGGGGUGGACGGAGAAGGGGCUCGGCGAGGUUUUUCGCAAGUCGCGGUAUACGAUUCCUUCAACCUGGCCCACCUCCAACAACUCAUCAGGCACAAGGGACUCUACAAGCCCCAAGAAAAACAACGUCGGUGCCAUCGCCGGCGGUGUUGUCGGCGGCGUUGCAGCCCUCGCCCUCCUCGCCGGCCUCCUGUUCUUCCGGCACCGCCGCCGCCUCCAAAAAGAAAGCCCCUCCGAACUCCACGGCAACGAAAUCCCACGGCCCAGCAACGACGAGGAGAAAGAUAACUACGAGCUUAAAGGCGUAAACAGCGACGAACCCGUCGAACUCCCCGGUCCCGAAGCGCAGGAGCUCAGCGCCCCCAGAGAGUUCGUAGAAGCAGACCACGACACCGCCACCUGGGCGUCGGAACUUCCGGGUACGAACACGGUGGCUGGGGGUGUGCACGGCAAGCCGAUUGUCCGGACGCCGGGGGACGAUUUGCCCGAAAUACCGGAAUAUACGCCGGGGCUGAGGAGGCCGUCUAGUGCGGGUAGACGGAGGAGGAGUUCGAGCUCGAGCGCGGGAAGUAAGAAGGCGGGAGAUGGGCCGCAGGUGGAUGGGCAGCAACGCGUCGAAGAGAAGGAGGACUACUUCAGCAAGCCUGCCAUAGGCCCAUCGGCCAAGGUAGAGAGCCCCAGGAGCGAAGAUGUCUUCCAGACGCCGCACGAGCGGGUCUCUCCGCCCGAGGCAGGCCCUGUAGCGCAGAACGACGUCGGCUUGUCGCGGGCGCAGGUAUCCCCACCUGAGCCUUCGACCAAGCAUACCGAGGUGCCCAUGGCGCCUGGGACUGCUCUGUAGCCUUUCUCUCUGCGUCACGCAUGGAGCUGGGAUGGUACGAACACAAAAGGUGUUGGGUUGAGAUUGGAGUUUUAGCUCAGGGUGGGCUCUUUUCACGGUCUUUUUCGGAAUGCUAUAUACCCCCUCUUUAGCGUGGGUGCUUGGGUAGAGUGCGACAUGCAGGUGCGUGUAUGGGGACGAGUAAUGCAAUGCCUGU